CCGCGCCGCGCCGCCCCAUAACUGCCCUUUCGCCGGCCGGGCGAGAGGUAGCGGUUCCUCAGGGCCGCGAUGGAGACGCCGCCCGCCUCCCGGGCGCCCUCCUUGGGCCGGGCCCUGGCCCGCAGCCCCGGCGACGAGCGGCCCGGCCGCCCCCCGGCCUCGGCGCGCGGCUGCGGCUGCAAGGCGGAGGUGGAGGCGCGGGUGCUGGUCAUCAACACGGGCGGCACCAUCAGCAUGGUGCCCGACGACAAGGGACUCACGCCUGAGGCCAAUAAGUUAGUAAGGAGCUUGAAAAACAUGCCACAGCUGCAUGAUGAAGCAUAUGCCCAGGAAAAAAGGCUGUACGACUUCCAUGAAUAUCCAGAUAAGACACUGGUGCUCCCUAUCUCUAAGCAAAACAAAAGAAUUAUCUACACAAUCCUGGAGCUCUCACCAUUACUUGAUUCUUCCAACAUGACUCCAGAGGACUGGGCCAAAAUUGCAAAGAAACUUGAGGAGCACUAUGAAAAGUAUGAUGGCUUUGUGAUUCUUCAUGGUACUGAUACAAUGGCCUACACAGCGUCAGCCUUAUCCUUCAUGUUUGAGAACCUGGGCAAAACUGUUGUUAUGACAGGAUCUCAGGUGCCCCUAUAUGAGUUGAGGAAUGAUGGCCGAGCCAACCUACUGGGAGCACUGCUCUUUGCUGGGCAGUUCGUGAUUCCGGAGGUGUGCCUGUAUUUUUAUAAUAAACUGUACAGGGGAAAUAGGGUGACUAAGGUGGAUGCUGGGAGUUUCAAUGCCUUUUCCUCACCUAACCUGCCUCCACUUGCAAAUGCUGAGGUUGAUAUUAAAAUAAACUGGGAUACAGUGUGGAGAGCCAAUACCAAAAAGAAAUUUCGUGUUCACACCAAUAUGAACAGGAACGUUGGGCUUCUGCGAAUCUUCCCAGGAAUCACCGCUGCUGCUGUAAAAGCAUUUCUUCAGCGUCCUAUUGAGGGCAUUGUACUUGAAACUUAUGGAAGUGGCAAUGCUCCAAAUAACAGAGAAGACCUGCUAGAAGAACUCAAGAAAGCAACUGAACGAAAAGUAGUGAUUCUAAAUUGCACCCAGUGCUUACGAGGGUCUGUUACAACAGUCUAUGCUACAGGGCAGACUCUCGCUGAUGUUGGAGUAAUUCCUGGAGGUGAUAUGACACCAGAAGCAGCCCUAACUAAACUGUCAUACACACUCAGCAAGAGUGAGCUUAGCUGGGAGGGGAAGAGGCAGAUGCUGAGUGAGAAUCUAAGAGGAGAAAUGACUGUUGUACCCACAGGAGACAAGAUCUCUCUGAGAGAUAGCAAGUUUAUUCAAGUGAUUGCCAAAUCUCUGAGUAUCAGCUGCAAGGAGGAGUUAGAAGCCAUAAGAGAUACAUUAAUUCCACCUUUGGCUUGUGCUGCAGCUAAACUGGGUGACAUAGAUGCUCUAAGAGCCAUAAGAGAAAUGGGUGGAAACUUGAGCUGUGAAGACUACGAUGGCCGAACUCCACUUCAUAUUGCAGCCUCUGAAGGUCAUUUACCACUAGUCGAGUAUUUGUUGAUGUCUGGUGCAACUGUUUAUGCUAGAGACAGAUAUGGAUCUACCCCACUGACAAAUGCAAUCCAGUUCAGGCACAUAGAAGUGAUUAACUUACUACGAGAAACUGGAGCUCACCUCUCAAGCCAUGACUUGGAGAACAUUGGAACAAUACUCUGCGGCCUUGCAGCUAAAGGUGAUGUGGAUGGGCUGUACGCCUGGUACCAAGCUGGUGCAGACCUGGAGCAAACUGGCUAUGAUGGCAAGAAUCCCCUACAAGUAGCAGAGGCUACAGGGCAUACUGAGGUUCUUGACUUCUUUAGACAGUAGCAGUAAAGAAGACUGUAGAAGAUGGUCAUUCAUCUUCAGAAACAUCAGCUUUGAAUUCUUAACGAUGUUAAGCAGUUAUGGAGAAAAAAAGAAGAGGGAACGAUGGCUACACAUUGAGCAUACAGGAAAGCUAGAACUGAUGCAACUUUAAGGCCUCACUGAUUUUCUAAAAGUGAUUUGCUGCUUUAGCUUUUAAUCACUUUUUAAAUGACUCUUUUUUUAUAAACAAUGAUGCUGGAAUGUAUUAUCUCUUUACUGUACAAGUUCUGUUUUUAAGUAGACCUCUUGAAUCUUCAUAUGUUAAAUCAGUGAGGAAAGUAUUGCAUAUGUAACAAAAUGAAAUGCUGUGGUGAAUUUAUGGCAAGAAAAAUCUGUGGAUUGUACACGUCUGUGUUUAAACUAAUAAAAUCUCUGAGGAACAA